AUGGAAGUUGCAGAGGAACAUACCUUUCACCAUUUUAGCCAUCAACAUCCAUUAGAGCAUACGGUUGCCCCUUCCAUUGGAAACAUUAACUGUGAGGGGUGCAGCCUCAGAAUAUUGCCUGGAAAGGACUACUACAACUGCAAAAUCUGCUCAUUUUUUCUUCACCGCGCAUGUUCCAAUAUGCCUAGAAAAACCAGACACCCUGCACAUCCAGAUCAAUAUCUAACCCUUUUGGUUUCACCUCCAUCGGACAAUAGCAACUUCAAGUGUGAGGCUUGUGGAUUUUACAUCACUGGUUUCUCCUACAACGUUGCCGAAUCUAGCAUUUACUAUCAUUUCUUAUGCUCAGCACUGCCGCUUUCGGUUAUGACCUCUGCCCAUCCUCACACACUAAACUUAGAAUUUUCACCUCCAUAUGACUGUAGUUGCGAUCUAUGCUUGAAACCAAGUUUUAAGGGGUGGACGUAUAGAUGUGGCUUCUGCGAGUUUGAUACGCAUAUUGCUUGUGCCAUUUCCAAUCAAAAAGCAGAACCUGUGACACCACCUGAUGCUUUAACAAGGCAGAUUAUAUACUCUUCAGCAUUGAUAAUGGAGGCCGACCAAAAGAUAGAUUAUGGAAGUGAAAGUAAUGAACUAAUGCAGCUAAUUGUACAGAGAGUUGAAAGGAACAAUACGAGGAAUACCCAAGAAGCAGUCAGCACUGCAGUGGCUGGAUGGGAUAAGAGAUUGCGUAGCCCCAGGGAGCACCACAACGUAAAAGACAGCAGGAUUGGACGGUUUGGUAUGUCUUAUUCAGAACCAUACAUGCCUAAAACUUCUCCAAGUCCAGGACAACGAUCUCUAUAUAAAGAUCAAUCAACCCCAACUUCUGAUGACGUGACAAUCUCAAGUUAUCAAUUCAGUGAGAUGUGCUUUUCAAUAGAUUUGCUCAAGUCUUAUCCAAGUACUCAUCAUCACCCACAUUCUACAAAUAUGGAAGCUGGUUCUCAAGAUAUUAAAGAUGUUCCUGAAGUUGAAGCAAAGAUCAAGUCAGACAAUGUGGCAGUGCCUCAAGGAGUUCAACAACUCGAUUAUCCUAAUAAACCAGUGACUAAUCCCCUUUAUAGAGGUCCGACUGACUGGUAUAAUGAUGCAUUCUUGGGCCAAACUGGGGAAAAGAUAACAGAAAAUGGAUACGGGAGCAGGGCAGGCAUUAAAGAUCAGAGUCCUAAUUCAAACAUGGUAAUGCAUGAUUUUAGUGAGCUUUAUCUUGCAGAUGAGUUCAAGGUCUUCAUGUUGUUGGAAGCUUCUUCCUUGCUUCUAUCGUUCAAGAUAUGA